AACAUAUGGAAGAAUUAUUGGGAAAUAGCUGCUGUGAAAGUUGCUGUGUUUGAAGUAAAAAUCUUAUAUUGUGUAUAAAUUGUUUCUAUAUUAUUAAUAAAAUGUUUAAAAUAUUAUAGCUUUUACAAAUCUUACUAUGGGAUGAAAUGAUUUAGAUGUAAACAGCUCACAUUUGGUUUUGCUUAAUGAGAUUACUCAUUGAUAGAAGAAAAUGGUAGUUUCCGGCAAUAGAUUUGGAUUGGAGGCUGCUCAACUCUCAGCCGUAUCCACUGCUGAACCAAAUUCAUCUCAUUCGGAUCUUCCGUUUAUUCCAGUGGAAGAAGAGAAUUUCUGUAAACUAAUUCUAUAUACAGAAUUCCCCAAAUCAAGAGUUCGAGUUUGGGAUGCUAUAAUUCUAGUGCCGAAUCUAUUAUUCCUGUUCUUCCUAUUGAUCAGGUUCAAUAGGGCGAGACUGAAGUUGCGAGCCACUAGUAGUCCCAUAUUCUUAGCCUUUUAUGGCCUUGUUGUUUUAAAUGUUGUGAUGAGUGUAGUGCGAUGUAUCGUGUCGAUGUCUGUGAAUGCGGCUGCUGUGGUCGGUGGCUACGUGGACACCGUGCUGUGGGUGACGGUGCGAUUUUUCCUGCUCUCUACCGAAAUGAGCGUGCUAAUUUUCGGCCUUGCGUUCGGUCACUUGGAUAGUAGAAGCAGUAUUCGAUAUGUACUUUUGGCAACUUCUCUGAUAUCGCUGGCAUUUUCAACAUCACAAGGAUACCUGGAGGUUUUCGCACCGGAUGAGAACUUCGUCAUACAUUCCAGGGACUACACACUGUUUGGGCACGGUGGCAUGCUCUUUUGGUUUGUCAGCUCGAUCGUUUUUACAGUGAUUUAUAUCAGUAUACUAAUAUUGCCGUGGACAAAAUUAAGAGAACGUCUUGCUCUACCAACGAAAAAAUCCUUCUAUGUGUACAUAGUAUUGCUGGUUCUCCUCAACCUUUGCUCAUCGAUAGGGAGUGGAAUGCUUUAUUACAAUAUGUGGCAAGGCCUCUGUGUGGUGGACGUCACCACUUGCUUGUACUUUACCCUCUACACACCGCUCGUUUAUCAUACUUUCCUCAGUGAAUUUUUUGGUGUCUCGCAACCAAGUAUAAUGUUUUCAUACAAGGCGCAAGUGGAUGAUACAAUGGAGGAAGACACUGUCUCUCUCCCUCAUCAGCAAUCCUUCUCUUCCCUCAAAACAGAUUCUGAUUACAUUUAUCAGAGCAACAGCGUCUAUGACAGUACCCAGUUUGAGGGUGUUGGCGCGGGGGCAGGGGUGGGGUUCGGAGGCGGAGGGGGCAUACCGGUGCCAAUCAACCCGCUGUACUCGGCCGCCGCACUGCAGAGCCCUGGCGCAGACAGCAUCACCGGAUACAGCCUCGACAGUCAGACCAUCGACCUGCCUAGACACCAGUGACCUCUUUCUGUGAUACCAUUCCACCUUACCACUCUUACUAUAAACACAAAGCUGAUUUAUUUUUUGUAUGUUCCUAUACGUUACUGUUGUUGAAAGCACUUUGUGUGUAUGUAUGUGUGUGUGUGUGUGUGCAAUGUAUGUUGUGAUAUUGACUAUUAAUAGUUUUACCAAUAUGAAUACAUUACUUUGAAAGUAUGAUAAGAUAUCGAAUAACUAUUCUAGCUAACAGUUUUAGCUAACCGGUGAUCGACAGUGAUUUCUCGGUCUAACUUUUAUUACUCGAUACAGAGGGGUGCAACUAGUUAGUUGGUAAAUAAUAUAAAUAGCUAUCGAGUGACCUGACUGGCUCAGGUUUUUUCCAGAGUUUUCAAGUCUCGCUCGAUCAAUUUCAGGGCCUCUGACAUGAAUUAACACUUGUUUUCAGACAGAUGGAACCAUACGACUCUGUGACCAUACGAAUCACGGGGAUGGCUAAAGAAAAAUAUCUUGGCCGGUUAGGUAGGCUAGGAUGCGCAAUUCAGCAUUUCCCCUCACACCGCUGCUAUUUGAACCCUAUUAUCGUCACUGAACAGCAAAGUAUAUAUUAAUCUCGUGAUCUAUACAGCAUACUGUUGCAACACAAGCGGGAUUGAAUGUAUUGGUCUAGUACAACACUUUCAAGAGAGUUGAUGUCUGGUUCUUAGAACAUUGAAAAUUAAUUGUAAAACAUAGAUUGUUUAUUUUUUGUGUAAAAUCCUUUACUUUUCUAUUAAAUAUUCAAUCGCAGUAUGCCUACUUUUGCAUCCCUCUGUUUAUUAAGCAUGGAAGUUGAAACCCUUUUUAUUAAGAUUGAUCAGUUUCUUCUAAAAAAAUAUCGUUCAAUAGAAGAGAUUAGUUAGGUUUUACCCAGCACCAAGCAACAUUUUUUUAGUAUUGAGUUGGCACUAUUGUGAAAAUUGGUUAGUGCCCCAAUAAUACAUGUGACUGGCCCUAUAUGAUGUGAUUAACAGAAUGUAUAUUGGCCGGGGCCCCAUUGGCAGCUGGGUAGUGAGUCCCAAUUAACGUCACUACUCGACAAGGCAGGUUAACUUUUCAAUCAACAAAAGUAGCCUUACUUAUUUUUUAUCAACCUUGAAUAUCCCUUGCAAUUGAAUAAUUCUCUAUUACAUUUUUAUAUCCAUGUAUUAUUUUAGAUUUGACAUCACUCACUUAUCCUUCUAUUUCAUUCUCUAAAAUCUUACAAUUAUUAUUGUCUAUUGUAUAUAGAGUCUAGUCUACUCUUAUUUAUUUAUCAUUAUCAUCGUCACCUCCACAUUCUACAAUAUUUUAUCUAGUUGUAUUAUAUUUUUAAGAGUUUAACGAUCGUUUAAUUGAUAUAAUUAAUAACAUUUCAAAUUCGACAAAAUCAACCACCAUGACUGGUAAUUAGAUCAAUUAUAAUUGAAUUGGGAUAGCAGACUUUUGUUGUCCAAGUAACUAGAUUGCCAAAGGUGUAGUGUAGAAAGUACCAGAGAAACUUACUUAAUUGAAAGGUCAAAAAGUACUUUGAAAAACGAAAGUACUUUUAAUAUUGCCAUAUUCCUUUCUUAAUUUGAGGAUGCAAUAUCCUCAAAGCAUUCCCAAGCAUUUUUGAAAUUCAUAUCGAUGUAAUCAUAAUCGCAACUUCAUUGUGCGAACUUGAAGUAAAUCUUUGAAGUUUGUCUCCACUCUUUGCAGCAUAGUAAUAGAAAUUUCAGCCACGGCGUCGUAAAUAAUGUUCUUUGUGUGAGCCAUGAUUCGUCAAUGACGAUCGGCAAAAAUCAGUUAUUCAAAAUAACGUCUUGAAAAACCGCGUGGUGCCCGGAAAGCUCCAUGUUGCCUAGCAUAAAGUGAGCGACUACAAGAAGCUCCUUUCGACAAAGACCUACUGUGCUAAAUCAUCUCAACUGGCUAGAGACGAAAAUAUUGAGGAUUUUACCCUUCUAAUGAGACUCCUCCAACCCCCCUCCCUCCACCAUCCCAACUCACUGUUCAGAAGUUCUUUCAACUAAGUAAGUUUCUCUUUAGAAUGCAUUUUAUUCCUUGAUGAGUAGAUAUUUUCUCGAAUCUGACGGAUGUAUUGAUGUAGUAAACGUCAAUACGUUUCAAACGAUGUAGUAUCGUAUAUAUUUUCUCGUUUAUAAUUUAACAUUUUUUUGUCAUCUCGAUCAGUUGGAUCAAUUGGUCUAUCAAUAUUUCAACUAUUCCGAAAUCCGUCAUUGGAAAAAUCAGUAUGUGAAUUUGUAUACUAGAAAAUUUAGCUUUCUCGACAUUAAAGUACUGUUGCAUGAUGUAUCAUGAUUUUGAUUUUAUCUAUAACCAAUUUUUAUUUUAAAGCUUUUUCAUAUUCUCGUGUGAUGGGGAAAAGUAAUGAGGAUAUGAUCUACUAUUGCAAUAUUUUUACAUGAUAUUAAUGUAGAAAGUUGUUGGAUUCAGUCCAUAAAAUGCUCACUUUCGAGUCAAGGCAUGAAUUUUGCGGGAGUAUUAUCAUCGUUCGUUCCUGGCCUGUAAUGGAAGAGGCUCAUCGAUCCUCAACAUUUUUAUAUUGCAUGUGAUUUGUGAUACAGUAUUAGAAUUAACGUAUACUUUCAAUUUUUAUUUAAUGUGAAUUUAAUGAGAACAUUCCCCAUGUAAUAAAAUUUGUUCUCAUUUUAAUAAAAUUAUAAUAAUUUUAGCUUAUCAAUUUAGUUUGAAUUCACAUAAUUAUGUACAUGUAGAGUCUAUAAAUUUGUUAUUAUUUUUUAAUAUUCAUUAUUGUACCAAUUAAGUUCAAAUGUAAAUAUGAUGCAUGUUUAGUUUAAUAUCUUGUUUAAAUGUGAGAACUCGUUAGACUACAUUCUUUUCAAUCUUCAAUAACUCACUUCUAUUAAUAUAGUAAUUAUGUAGGCUAAUCGAGCUUGAUCAAUAGGAUUAUUUUCACUGUUUCUAUAGUUAGACACUAGCAAAUACGCUCUCUAAAGUUAGUAAAUUAUUUUGUGUACUACAAUGUUAUUAUUUAUUUAUGAAAACAUUCUCUACGGGUGGUUUAUAGAAAGAUUUCCAAAGCAAAGGACCUGAUUCAUGAAAUCAUAGAUUGUACUUAGCACGCCUUGCUAGUUGCUAAGCAAGUCUGGUGUAAGAGCAACAUGUUCUGUAUCACAGGCCCACUAUUUUUAUCAAUUACUGUUACAUUUGAUUCAAUUCACAUGUAAUGGUUAACUUCCGAACCAAUCUAGGUAAUGAUGAAUAUUGAGAAAAAAUGUUCUAUCACCUAAGUUUAUUUCGUAUUGCAUUUUCAUUCAGGAAAUAAUGAGAAGCGUUUUUUUUUCUUAAUAGAAUCAUACCACUAAUUAUCGAUUCUAAUUAAAUAUGAUAUACUAUCAAUAUACAACAUUAACUGUUGAAACAUAUUACAUAAUCUAUUUAUUUUAAAUUGUGGGUUUUAAUUUGGUAUUCACUCUGAAUACCGGUAGUUUAAUAUUUUCAAAUCCAUAAAUGCUGUUCACCAAUCAUUUAUAGUAUUGAACCGAAUACUAAAAUCACAAAUGUUGACUAAUAAUAUUUCAUACCGUCUCAUUACCAUUCUCUCCGUCCGCUUCUAAAUCUAAUAUAACUUGUUAUGAGAUCCAAUUAUACUGAUCAAAUAAUAGAUAAAACGCAGGAAAAUGAGAAUACCUAUGUUUUAAGGUGCUAGAAUGUUUAUCUUUUAAUAAUUUAUUUCUCUCUUCUAUAUCACAGUACGGUUCUAAAAACUAUUUGUAUUUGCAUGCAUAAUUACAAAAAUACAGUAUUUCAACUUGGAGAUACAAUGUAGAAUGAAGAUUGUGCUAGAUAAGUUUAUUAGAGGAAAGGAUAAUGUUGAAAUAAAUGCAAAUAAUUAUUUUUUGAUUGCAUCAUAUUAAAUGAAGUAGAUCAAGGUGAGGGAUAUAAUAAUUAUGGAAUCGGGUUGAAUCUAGUUGAAAAAAUGUCUUAUAGAACUACUCUCAAAUUGUAUUAUUGUACCAUUGAAAGUUUUAACACCAAUAAGAUGUAGGCUAUUUUCAAUCGAGUUAUUUACGACUAGUCUACUUCUUAUUUUAAUUAACAAAAAUUAUUAUUAUUAUUCAGAAUUGAACUGUCCAUUUUGGUCGCCCUAACAUUAUUUUCUUCAAAGUAGAAUGCAAUAUCUAAACAUCACUAUUAAUAUAAGUGUAUUUAUAUUUUUAUACUCUUCAUGUGACAAUCAUUGUCAUUAGUGAAUUGAGAUUCUCUUCAUUACAUUUAUUUUUUUUAAUUUAGUAUUUUGUUCUCAUAUAGUUGCUUUAGAUAGUUCUCAUAUAGAUAGUUGCUUUGAUCAAUCAUAGGCCUAAUUCCUGUUCUUAUGUUCCAAUUAGGUUUUUCACAAAUUGGUUUAGCUUUGUAGUAGGAUGAUUGAGUUAUUCAACCCAAUCAUGGAGUUAUUCGACACUUGUUGGAGAUAUUAACAAUUUAUGUACUUGAGAAAGUACUUCAUACAAACGUUAAGAAAGCCUUAACUCCUUUACAAUUGUCUAAUUUCAAUUUUCAAUGUAUAUUAUGUAUAUUAUAAUACAUGGUGGACAAAAUAUAUACUAUUAAUUUAAGGUUUGGUGUAAAAUUCUUUUUAUAAUGUGAUUGAUUGUGAUAUUUAAUUUUUGUGCUUUUCUACACCUUUUAUUUGACACUUAUUCUAAAGUUAUCAAAUUUGUUGUACACAAUUUUCAGAUUACACAUUCAUUUUUAAUUACA